AUGAACGUGGCUGACGUGGCUCACGUGGCAGGCGUGGUUCACACGGCUCACGUGGCAGGCGUGGUUCACGCGACUCACGUGGCAGGUGUGGUUCACGCGGCUCACGUGGCUCACGGGGCAUGCGUGGUUCACGCGGCUCACGUGUCAGACGUGGUUCCCGCGGCUCACGGGGCAGGCGUGGUUCACGCGGCUCACGUGGCAGGCGUGGUUCAUGUGGCUCACGUGGCAGGCGUGGUUCACGUGGCUCACGGGACAGGCGUGGUUCACGUGACUCACGUAGUUGACGUGGCUCAUGUGGCUCACAGGGUUUACGCGGCUGGUGUGACUAACGUAGUUGAGGUUGCUCACGUGGUUAACGUGGUUCACACCACUUCUCAAUACUUAAGAAGAAGAUUAACUUUAAUACUUCAGAGUUCGUGUUUGUUUUUACAUGCAGACUUGAUAAAUCUUUUAAAUAAAACGCACUUUUAUCUAAGUCUUUACAUGUUGAAAGAAAAAAAUCAAGGAGAUUAA